AUGAAAUACUCAGCUCUCGCCCUUGCAGCCACAGCAGCAGCAGCAGCAGAGACGUUGGACCUCCAGAUCGUCUCAGAAAACCACGAUCUUGACGGCAAGGGAAUCGAGGGGUUGCACGAAGGAGCAGGCAUCAGCUACUUUGGAGUCAGUGACUACCUCGGCCCAGAAUUCAACUACGACAAGGACAAGAAGUUGCUCUACCAGUACUUUGGCUCGUACCAGGCCAACGUUGGUUUUUCGUCGAGUUUCUUUGCCGUGGGCCCAGCAGUGACCCCUGGGCAGGUAACUUUCGACGACCAGGGCCGUUUUGACAUUGGCGAGCAGCUUUAUGCCUGUAAAGACUUGAACGAUCCAUAUAACUAUUUUGAGGACCGCUACGGCGUUGUGCGGGAAGCUCCCAACGACAGCUGCGUGAAAAUUGGCCUCAAGCGGGUUCAAAGGGGGUCUUCUGAGUCAAGUUCUGCUUCUGCGUCUGGAACGGUUUCAGGAACGGUUUCAGCGUCUGCUCCUGCGUCGUCUGCGUACUGGAACCCCACAACAAUCACUGACGUCACCACCGUCACGGGCAUCACCACUUAUUGCCCAGAACCUACCACUUUCACCAUCACCACCUGUGUGGAGGAAAACUGUGGGCCCACCACCGUCACGGUGGAGGAGCCUUCGACGGUGACCAUCACAGAAAAGUGUGUAGUUCCAACCGGGGGAGGCGAGCCAACGACGCCGACGACGGUGGCUGGUCCUCUGACGUCGGCGGGAGCUUCGCUGGCGGCGGUUUCGUCGUGGGAGGCUGGCGCGGUGAAAAACGCUGCUGGCGUUGUUGCUGGCGUUGCUGGGCUUGCCGUGUUGAUUUAG